UGUGUAUUAUUCGCCAGUGGGUUGUAACAAUCGCCACUAGAUUUCUAGACCUCUAGAAGAUCUAGAUUCUAGUGUCUAGAUCUAGAUUCUAGAUAUAUAGAGAUCUGGACUCUAGAGUCUAUAUUUUUUUACUGACAGUGACAGUACAUUGUACUGACCAAAGGAUAGAAUCUAGGCUAGAAUCUAGACUAGACGUGCCAGUGCGUAGUGAAGCAACUAGAAUUUUAGUUUGAUUCCACGAUUGAAUUGACUAUGUCCCAGGCCCAACACACCGCUGAAGAGAGAAUGGGUAAUCAUCAUUCCAAAAACACUCCCAAUGAAGAGCCCUUGACUUGUAUGAUUGUCGGUGCUGGGAGCCGUGGGACAGCCUACUCGAGAUACUCUGUUCUGUUCCCAGAGCAGCUGAAGGUGGUUGGACUGGCAGAGCCUCAUGAAGGAAGGAGAAAUAAGCUAUUAAAAUUGGGAACCGUACCUCCAGAAAAUGUGUUUACUGAUUGGCAUGAUGCAGCCAAAAGGGAGAAGUUUGCCGACUUUGUGGUCAUCACCACGGUGGACCAGGACCACAAGGAUCCAGCAAUUGCAUUUGCUCGACUGGGAUACCAUAUUCUCUUGGAAAAGCCUAUGGCAGUCACAGAGGCGGACUGUCGAGAAAUUGUCAGUGUGUGCAAUAGUUGUGGGGUCAAGUUGGCAGUUUGUCAUGUACUGCGCUACACCCCUUGGGUCUGCAAGAUCAAGGAAAUCAUCGACUCUGGAGAUAUUGGAGAAAUUGUCAGCAUUAGGCAUACGGAACCUAUUGGAUACUGGCACUUUGCCCAUUCAUUUGUGAGAGGUAACUGGAGGAACGAAGCAACGAGCACCUUCUCUCUGAUGGCCAAGUCGUGCCACGACAUCGAUCUCAUCAACCAUUGGAUGUCCCCACAUCGCUGCCAGCGUGUCUCUUCUUUUGGAAAGUUGUCACAUUUUACAAAGGAAGAUAAGCCCCCAGGCGCUGCCUCCAGAUGUGUUGAUUGUCCCAUUGAGAGCAGUUGUCCGUACUCUGCUAAACGGCUGUACCUCGAUUUUGUUAAACAGGGUCACACCGGAUGGCCUUUGUCUGUGCUGACCAGUGAGGUGGACAUUGAGAACGUGACAGAUGCUUUACGUACCGGACCCUACGGUAGAUGCGUCUAUGAAUCAGAUAACGAUGUCGUAUCACACCAGGUGGUCAACUUCCAAUACGACAAUGGUGCUACUGUAGCUUUCAACAUGGUGGCUUUCACCAAACGACUGUGCCAACGAGAAGUCUGUGUCUACGGCACUAAAGGCCAAAUAUCUUUUGAAGACGGCUGGGACAGUGUCCAGGUGUUUGAUUUCCUCACAGAACACAUCAAGCAAUAUUCCAUACGCAGUGAACACCCAGCUAAAAUGGGUGGCCACGGAGGAGCUGAUUAUCACAUGAUGAAAUGUUUUAUGGAUUCUCUGAAUGACAUUGAUGGCAAAGUGGCGACUGGACCAGAGGAGACUCUCAACAGCCAUUUGCUGGUGUUUGCCGCGGAAAAAGCACGCCUAGAAAACCGUGUGGUUGAAAUACAGCCUGAUGGAACUUUCUAGCAAUUACCUGCUAAAACAGCAUUAGCAAUGUUGAUCUGUUGCAUUUUCUUGAGAAUUGUUGCUUUAAAUCCAAACUUUUAAAAAAAAGUACUUUUUGCUCUUUUGUUUGGUUGUGUUCAGGUGAUGGAUUCAUGGAGGUUCUAGUUGGAAUGUAAUUUUUGUGUGUAAUUGAUUUGAUUUGUCACUACACAGAAAAGAUGCAGCUUUGUAAAGCGAUUUCCUGUUUAUAGAGUGGUUGGGGUUUUUAUCACACAUGUAUUCUACAAACGGGUGAACAAUAUUUUCAGUUUUUUCAUCGCUAAGGUCAUGGGUUCAAGCCUCAGGGGCUUGAUGAUGUGUUCUAUGUAAAAGGCUCGGUACACAAAUUUUCCUCAUUUCACCCUGGCUAUAGAUAGUGAAAGGUUUUGUUAGUUUGUAAGAUGUCUGAGUGCUUCAUCGACUGCUUGCAAUGUAUGCUUCUCGGGAAGCUGAGAAUGUUUCUCAAUGUUCUAGGGUCUGCUGGAGUAAUAUUGUAGAUCGUAAAGCACAUACAGCAUGUGGUUGAGCGAUACAAAUGUUAUUUUUUAUUAUUUAUUACAUGUACUAGUACUAUGCAAAGACAAUGACAAACUGAUGGGACGUAAGGGAAAAGUGUGGCACAGGUGGUUCUAGACCAGGUCUUGUUAUAUCAAUGACUGUGGAGGCCCGUUUGUUGAUUUUGCUUCGUCUAGAGAGUCAUUUGGUGUGCCACCUUACACAGUGGUGGAGGCUACUAACGCUGUGUGAUGGUUUAUAGCUGUCACUUUUGUGAAGCAAACCGCUUACAAGUUAGGUGUUGCUGUAAUGUUGAAUAUCAAAGGGAGAUAUUUUGUAAACUCAAGAAAUGCAGCCUGCAAAAUUAGUGUCAUUUUGACAAUAUGGUGAAACCAUGAACGUCAUGCUUAAAAAUUUGUCUGUUUAGCAUUUCAGAUUAAUUAUCCUGGAUCUUGACAUCAAUGGGGCAUAGAGUCUUGAGUUGUAUUUAAUUUUUGCCUGAAUUCCAUAUUUCUCAUUCAAUAGAUGGACUAGCCUAAAUUGAUCUGAACAUGAAAAUAUAUCUUCCUUUUCUGUCUGUACCAUACAUACGUAUCUCACAAGCAGAUGUAUAUAUAUAUAGUCUUUUAUAUAUAUAUAAUAAGUCGCUGACACAUUAUUGAAUGACUUCUUUUGAACCAUCCAUAAUAUAUAGGAAUUUCAGGUUUACUUAACAGCUUGGAUUUGCGGAGCUACCUACUCUGUAUACAGAAAAGAAAAUCUUCACUUGUUUCUUGGUAACAUGAAGAUAAAAUAUAUUUUCUUUGUAAUGCAAAUCUGUUUUCGAGUUUGUGAUAUUUUUCUACUUGCAUUACUGCUGAUAUUGUCUGAAUGUAAUACUUACAGUUAGCACUUUUCUUGUGAUAAUUUCAAUAUAUGAAAUAUACUUGCUGUUAAUGUUUCCCCUGUGAAACUGAUAAGACAAAGUCUUAGGUAAUAUUUGUAAUCAAUACUUUCCCUGUGAUAUGGGCUGAAGUCUCAAGGAAACACUUUCUGGUAAAGUGAAGCUGAUGCUAGUUCACUUAAUAACUACAGCAAUGUUUCUGUUCUACUUUACUGUCUACAACCAGAAGUCUGACAACUAUUGAUGUUAUACUAAUCGCUACAAGACACAUUUCUAGAAUUUGUAUUUUCACUCUGUGUUCAUAAGGGCUUGAGACUGUCAUUGGGCACAUUAAAAAAGUUUUGGCAGUUGCAGCAGUGUUUGUGCUUCUAGGAGGGGGGGAGAUGGUGGUUUCUUGAAUUCAGUGCAACAGGCCAGGGUAUUGGAGUGAAAGUACAAAAAUGUACAAGAUUAUCCUGCGCAGGCCUUUGGGUAGAAAACAUUAGGUAGACGGUCAGGUAGACUGUGUUCAGUAAACUUGGCUUAUGGUAGGCCACAUUAUCGUAGUAGAUGGUCAAGUGGACUGGCACCGGGAAGUUUUAUAUCAUACCUGUUGUCUGUACCCUCUUCAUGACCUAAAACUGAGCUUUCUGUUAUACUUGCAGUUGUGGCACAGGAUGAGGUUUGGUUUCCCCAGUGUCUCAUUUUUACUGUAAAUCCCUGUUUUAAAUUGUAAAACACGAGAAGGGAAAGAUUUCUGGCAUAGAUUUUAGUCAUUCACUUGCUUUCGAUGAUGCAGCCAUUGGCAGCAACUUAAUGUGGUUCUUCUUGAUGUUCUGUCUUGUAUAAAUGAUUUGAAUAUGUUUUUACCCGAAUUCCUUUAUAAACAUUCCGUGAUUUUUGACAACAUGAUCAAGAAUUCUUUCAUGCUUAGGUGGCAUUUAACUUAAACCUUAUGAAAAAAAUGACGCAAAGAUGUAAUUGUUCUCUGAAAAAAGUAUAUAUAUAUAUAUAUGCCUUUACAGAAACUGGGGCAUGGGAAAUAAUUCUUGUGUCAACAAAAGUUACACAUUUUUAAUGUCUUUUAAUGUGUUUUUUUUACUAAAGGUGUACAAUGAAUACUUGUGUUCAUCACGUAAGUAUAUUUUAGACAUGGUUUCUAUCACUUAAUCGUGUAGAAGUUUUCUGUAUUUCUUGUUUUUUUAAAGUAAUUUAUCAUCGUUCAUAAUGUUCAAUUUUUUCAUAUCUGGCUGUGCUGGUUUCUUUGUGUUAUAGGCCUACUUCAGAGUAGGAUGUAUUGAUGAUUUUUGUCAAGUUCAUGCAUAAAUACUGCAGUGCCUUUUCCAUUAAAAGCUCACAUUAUAAAGUUUUGCUCUGAUUUUGUUUUUCUUCUGUCUAUUCAGUGACAUAAUUUAAUUUUGAACUUUCGAUUGCUUUUUGUAUGCUUCAAAUAAAGUAUUCAAAGAGAAA